UUCAAAAUGGCGGGUGAAAAUGAUUCAAAGGUAGAUAUUGCCGUGGAUUUAUCUAAAUGGAGGCCACUUGUUCGUCAUUUCAUUGAUCAGCAUCAGUAUGAAACUGCCUUGUUCUGGGCAGAUAAAGUGGCUUCUUUGUCAAAUGGUGAAGUGGAAGAUUUGUAUUGGAAAGCACAGUGUUUGUAUUUAACGGGGCAGUAUCAUCGAGCAGCACAGACCAUAAGAAGUAAAAAACUAGACAAGACACAUAUAGCAUGCCGUUACCUGGCUGCAAAAUGUCAUUAUGAAUGCAAAGAAUGGCAAGAAUCCUUAGAUGUUUUAGAUAUGAUUGACUUCACAGCUAAAACACCAAAUAAGCAUAAAAGAGAUGACUCCAAAAAUAAUACAAAAGAUUUUGAUUGUAGAGUUCCAACCAGAAAGAGUUCUAUUUAUCUUCUUAAAGGCAAAGUAUAUGAAUCCAUGAAUAAUAGAGGUCUAGCUUCAGAUAGUUACAGAGAAGCAUUACAGUUAGACAUCUAUUGUUAUGAAGCAUUUGAUCUGCUAGUCAGCAUAAUAUGUUAACAAAAUGUCUUCGUCUCGUUUCUUUCAGAACUAUUACUUUUGGAAUCGUUGCCUUUUGAGCAACAAUGCAGUGAGGAAGAUAUUGAUCUUAUCAAGUUUUUAUAUAAAAAUAAGCUGAACAAGUAUACCAAACCCUGUCCACCGAGUUGUCAACCAAAAGUUGAAUCGUUACAGAAUAAUUUAGAUGUAGUAACAGAGCAAGCAGAGAGACAUUAUUAUAACUGUGAUUACCAAACAUGUUAUAAGAUCACAUCAGAUGUGCUGAAUUCUGAUCCGUAUCACAGUCAGUGUUUACCAUUACAUAUUGCAACAUUAGUAGAACUGAAUAAAUCUAAUGCAUUAUUUUAUUUGUCCCAUAAAUUGGUUGACAUGUAUCCUAACCAAGCUGUAGCCUGGUAUGCUGUGGGUUGUUAUUAUCUAUUAAUUGAAAAGUAUGAACUUGCAAGGAGAUACUUCAGUAAAUCUGCCACAUUAGAUAGGAAUUAUGGUCCUUCAUGGCUGGCAUUUGGACAUGCAUUUGCUGCAGAGGGUGAACAUGAUCAAGCUACAGCUGCCUACUUCUCAGCAUCCCAGAUAAUGAGAGGUUGUCAUUUACCUAUGUUGUAUAUCGGAUUAGAAUAUGGAUUGACUAACAACCCACGACUUGCUGAAAGAUUCUUUCGACAAGCAUUAACUAUAGCACCAGAAGAUCCAUUUGUAUUACAUGAGAUGGGUGUGGUUGCUUAUCACAAUCAUGAUUGGGGGUCUGCUGAGAAGUACUUCACUGACGCCUUACAGAUAGUGCAGUAUAAUGGAGCAGAGAUUAUGGCUGAAAAGUGGGAACCUUUAUGGAAUAAUCUAGGCCAUGUGUACAGGAAAAUGGAUAAAUAUGAUAUAGCAUUAACAUAUCACAGACAAGCUUUAGUGCUGUGUCCACAGAAUCCAUCAACCUAUGCUGCUAUUGGAUUCACAUACAGUCUAAAAGCUCAGUUUGCAGAGGCUGUGGAGUACUUCCACAAAGCACUUGGAUUAAAAAGAGAUGAUACUAUUUCAGUAACCAUGCUGGCUGAUACUAUAGAGUUAUAUAUGACUGAUAUUGAACCAUGUCAAGGUUUAGAUGACAGUGACAUGAUUGGAAAGUUUGACAUUACAUCAGCAAAUAAAGAUGAGAGCAAAGAUGAUAUUACAUCAGGUUUAGAUUCUACGAUAGAAGAAGUAGAGAUGGAAGACUAAGAAUGAAAUGUUUCAUACUUGCAUAUUUUGUCACAUAAUGUAAUAGUGUAUGUCA